UAUAUGAGGCGCCAGCAGAUCGGCAGAUGUGUGACCAUUCCCACGUCGAUAUGAAGGUAGCUCUUGUGAUCCUCUCCCUGGUCGGAGCAGUGUUCGGACAAUUGCCCACACCGUGCAAUUCGCCGAACCAAUGGGAAGCGAGAGAGCGAGUAGUAGAGUACGGGGCGAAGUUUGAGGAGUGGCACAAGGUUUAUUAUGACGGGUCGAGCGGUAGAGAGAGAAACAUAGCCGAGGUCGAGGAUGGUUCCACUAGAGACUUUUUUGACAUCCUGACACUGUACAAUGAGAACAAGCGUUACAUGAUAAACAUGAAGACCAAACAGUGUAACGUGACAGCCAUCAAUCGGCCGUUCCGUCACCGUGGUGUCCCCCCUAAUGCCCAGUUCAGCUACGCCUUCACCCUCGGAGCCACGGGUUUUUCGGGCCAGUCCAUUACAGUCCAGUCCUUUACAGCCAAUGUGACGUUCGGAACAUUCCACGAGGAAUAUUUCGGAAUGGUGACGUCACCAUCUUGCGUUCCUGUCAACAACUUUUACUACAACCCGUCGGAGCAAACCAAGUCCGUAGUUGCGUACUACGACUUGACCGUGGGAAUAUCAGACCCUAUGGCGUUCGUUCCUCCACCGCAAUGUAAUUCAUCGUGACUUCAUCCAUAUUUCUUAAACCAGUAGAAAAUAGAUAUUUCAGAAUAAACCGUUUUCAAGAAUUAAG